AUGGACAGCGGUUGGGCCGGAUCAUACCAUCAACGCCCGUCCCGCUGCCUCACGGCAAGCCCCGAAGAGAGCGGCCACGCCGCUACAGUCAACCAUGGCAGCCCUGAAACUGCUUCCCGCAUCGGUUCUGCUUCUCCACCAGGGCUAAUGCCGGACCUCCGUCGCACUCUCGGAAUCUUCUCUGCUCGGGGCUUACCUAACCACAGCAUUGACUGGGAAGGAAAGGAUUUCCACACGUUCGAGGAAGGCACGCGGCAACGGGCGGCGCUAGAGAUGACUGGAAAAGGACGAGAAGAUAUCACCUCGGGUACUACACCAGCCAUCGUCAGCAGUAGAAACAACCACGCCAAUUACCAUCAUCGCCAGCAGCAGCAGCAGCAGCACCGCCACGUGGUACAGCCCGACGAGAAGCGAUCUCUUCCCCCUUCUCCCCCUGAUCCCGGCUCACCAUCCUCCUCCUCCUCCUCCUCCUGCUCCUCCUCCUCAUCGUCGUCGCCGUCGCCAAUCGUUGUUUUACGCGUGUCAGGCAAGCCCUUCCGGCUCCUUCCCGGAUCCGGAAUGCCCACGCUGACCCACCUGGAUCGCGCCAUUCCGGCCGACGAUCCUCGCAUCGAUCCGCAUCACGAGCUCCACGACCAGCUCGCAUGGGUUUCGUGCGUGUGGGACGGAUGCUUGGUCCAUGCACCGCAGAAGCUGCGCGCCCGGUGGAUGCCGGGCCGACCGGGGGGCGUGUUGGUGCCCGAGGAGGAGGAGGAAGAGGCGGGCGGGGAGGAUGCCGGCGGCUACCCCCCACUCACUACUGCUGCUAUUUCCCUUGGCGUCAUCGAGGAUCACCAGAUUGGCGAUCAUUGGACCGUGCGUGCUUAUGCAGAGAAUAUGCUGGAAGUCAUUGUUCCGGAGAGUCCCGAGAGAGAGAGAGUUGCGAUUUUUAAUGUCGAGAGAAAACAAAGUUCUUGA